AUGUCAGAGAAUGAGAAGAGUCGGAAGCUACUCCAAAAAGCUUCGCUCGAUUUACGUCGGACGGGCGAGAGAAAUCCUCGAAUAAAAAUAUUCGUGGUUGGGAUCGAGGUUAAAGACGAUGAAAUGGCCGUUCAGCUAGAGAAGCAGAAUGAAGGUUCUGUGAAACUAGUUGAAGGCUGGAGUAAAAAUCUAGAACUCGUCCCAAGGAGUAACCGGGUAACGAGUAGAGGGAGAGACGUUGAGUUUGAGGUAACGCCUGAGGUUGCUGGCGAGGUUGUGGGUCUAUGGUUGUUUGUUGGGCUAUCCCGGUGUCGUGUGGGCCCCAGUGUGAAAGUGUUGCGGUGCCACAAGUGCCAGCGACACGGACACAUUGGUGUGUCAUGCAAGGCCCCGGCGGUGGUCUGCGGGCGAUGCGCGGGCUCGCAGCACGCUGCGCGACGCUCUGCUCGACCGGUCGCAUGGACUCAGGUUGCCGACGUGGUUCACGGAGGAGCUUGA